AACAACGAACAACAGAACAGAAAAGUAGCCGGAUUAAUUAAAAUGGCAAAAUAUUAGUGCACUUCGAAGUAAUAGUGAAUUAGACAAGAAGAUAAUUUUACUUGUAUUAUACGUAUUUCUUAAUACAAACAAUAGCCUUGUAGGACGUUGCAUUUUUACUAUUUUCAGUGCAUUAUUCUCGGUAGUUUUUACCUUUUGGUGGAUUAACCUAUGCUAACUUAGUGUUUGUCUGUGUCCUAGGCCUAUAACGCAUUGAAUAAGUUAUACACUUAAGCGUUAAGGAUUGAAGUGUUUAUAUAAAAUAAAGCCUGUGGGUCGCUUUAAAUUAACGACUGAACAGGAAUCUUACCAUGGCAAGUACACAUAGGCUUCCCCUUUCUAUCUGCGGAAAUCAAACUUCUCAGACCAAUGAAAUUGAAGAAAGGUGCACCAAGAUGGCAAACACCUUUGUCAGUAUGAUGGACAACUAUUUGGGGUGGGCCCCUCACGAACUCCAUGAAGAUGCUGUCAUGGAUUGGUUUGGAAGAUUUGUUCGGGGUCGUAGCUCUAUAAUCAACUUCCUCCGAUCACAUGUGUCUCAAACGCAGCAUGUAAUAGAAAGUGUAUCCAAAAUACCACCUGUAACACACCGUCUGAUCAAAGUGACAGAUGUCAGAAAAGCGAGAAGAGUCAAAACAUUCUCCACAGAACGCAGGGAAAAUUUGGCAGAAGAAUGUGGCCAAGGGGACUGCAAAGGCUUGUCUACUCCAGAGAACACUGUUUUCCCCAAUCUUAAGGCGAUGGUAAACGCUCCUCCUCGUGCCAAACAGCCUGCUGGUACAGACUGUGCACAAUGUGAAUUUUUGGAAAUACGGGGAAAAUUUAAUUGUGAGAGCGUAGAUUCCUUGUUUGGUAGGAGGGGAGAGAAACUGGAGAGAAUCAUCCUAGCAUACACGGAUCAGAUACAUUUAAUCAUCUACGAAGCCAAGAACACCUGCCGAAAAAAACUGUUUUCUUAAACCCCUUUGUUUAUUAAGUUUCUAUAAAUGGAUAUUUUUAUAAAUUCAAGCAUGAUCUUAUCAACAGUAAUCAGUAACAAGGGUUUCCUUUCCCUAAGUGUAUUAGCCAGGAUUUGUUAUUUUUUCAAAUUUUCAGGAAAAAAAUAAUAUUUUGUUGUUUGUAUCUAAAGUUACAAUUCCAUGAGUUUUGAUUUCUUAAUUGAGAAGCUGUAUUGUGUAUUUUAAUUUUUUUAACUUAGUUGCUAGUUUGAUCAAUUACUUAACAAUUGUUUUUUAUUUCAUAAAUCGCCUUUAGAAAAAUGUAAUUCAACUGUGAUAAUUGUAAUGAAGACUAAUCUAUCUUUCAACAAGUAUUAAGAAAAGGAUUGUUACUACCGUAUAUAAUCUUGGUACCUCAUUUGUUGUUGUGGUCAAUUAACAAAUGUUGUUAAUUAGUCUUGAGUACCGGUAAUGCAUUGUGGUAUUGAUUUGUUAUUUAUUGUUACUUUAUGAAAAUAAAUAGUUUAAUCAAUA